AUUCCUUACUCGUUAGGGAAAUUAGCAAUGAAGUACAAUACUUUAGGGAAGUUGGUUAACGAAUUUUACAACUCUUGGAGUGGUAAAAUUAGUUGCACCCUCAAAUACUCCCGCGCACGGUUAGAGAGAGAAAAUUAGGGUUCAUCUCUCCCGAUAACUUUUGUCGAUUCAAUUUUUCCCCAAAUUGGCUUGAAAUUUGUUUGAAUUUCAAACUGGAAUUUUUAUAAUUAAAUUGAAUAUCAUGGAGGAAGAAGAAGACGCGUUUUUUCUCAACAGUUUAGGGGUCACCUCUGCUAAUCCUGAGGACAUCGAAAGAGAUAUCUUAGAGAAGGCUAGAAAUAAUGCUGAAAGCAGUUCUCAUGCUGGGAGGGGAACAACGGAAGAAGAAGUUUGUACUGAUGUCACGGAAACCCAACAUCUGUCUUCUAGCCAAGUGGAAUUGUUGAAGAAGUUAAAGGCCAUAGACGUUGAGAUAGAUGCUGUGACCUCUGCUGUUGAGCAAUCAAAAAGUGGGAUAACGAGGGAAGAGCUUGACAAUGAGAGCUAUGGUGGGAAGGAUGAGGAUGAUCAGGGAAUUGAGGAGGCUAUGCCUAAUGAUUCUACCCUUCAGCAUGCUUUGGCUGCUGAUCGACUAAGAAGCCUGAAAAAGACGAGGGCUGAAUUCCGUAAAGAGCUUUCCAACAUAUGUAACGACGGCAAAGCUGAUGAGCUUGAGGACAGGUUGUUGAAGUAUAUGGUAAGGGAAGAGGUUAAAUCAAAGCGGAAGUUGAAAGAGGUAAAGGAUGUGAAAAAAGAGUCCAAAAAACAGAAGAAGACAGUCUCAUACCAGGAGGAUGACGAAUUCGAUGCUGUGCUAAAUGCUGCUUCCGGAGGAUUCGUUGAAACGGAAAGGGACGAACUCGUACGUAAAGGAAUCUUGACACCUUUUCAUAAACUGAAAGGCUUUGAACGCCGCAUACAGAAACCAGAGCCAUCAGGCCUGCAGGAAAAUGAAAAUGUCAUAGUUGAUCGUGCUUCUGAAAGUGUUGCCAGAAUGGCUCGGUCGCUCUCAGAGGCUUCACAAGCUCGUCCAACAACUAGGCUGCUUGAACCAAAAGAUCUGCCAAGACUUGAUGCACCAUCUCACACUUUUAACAGAUUAAAAAGGCCCUUUAAGAUUCCUAAAAGUUUAGACAGUGAUGGAGAGAAGAGUAAUGACACAAAUAGGAAAAAGAGGAGGCCGUUGCCUGGUAGAAGAUGGCGGAAACGCAUUGCUAAGGAGGAGAUUGCUGCAGAGGAAUCUGAUUUACACGAUGACUUAGUGACAGAAACCCAGGAUGUCGAGGGUGAAGAGCUUCUUUCUGUAACACUUGAAGGUGGAUUAAAGAUCCCUAAAACCAUAUUUAACAACCUUUUUGAUUAUCAGAAAGUCGGGGUUCAAUGGAUGUGGGAGCUGCAUUGCCAAAGAGCUGGAGGGAUCAUUGGGGAUGAGAUGGGUCUUGGUAAGACCAUUCAGGUCCUUGCAUUUCUUGGAUCAUUGCAUUUUAGUAAUAUGUACAAACCAAGCAUUAUUGUCUGCCCUGUCACACUGCUUAGGCAAUGGAAGAGGGAAGCCCACAAAUGGUACCCUGGCUUUCAUGUUGAGAUACUUCAUGAUUCUGGUGUUGACAGUGUGCGGAAAAAGAAGCAAUCAGGACCUGGUGAGAGUGAUUCUGAAAGUGAAGGGUCAUUUGAAAGUGAUCGGGAAAGUGUUCUUCCUUCAAGAAGCGCAAAGAAGUGGGAUUCCAUGAUAAAACGGGUGUUGAGAUUGGAGUCUGGAUUGCUUAUCACAACGUAUGAACAACUUCGUAUUCUUGGGGAGAAGCUACUGGACAUUGAAUGGGGUUAUGCUGUUCUUGAUGAAGGUCACCGUAUCAGAAACCCAAAUGCAGAAGUUACUAUUGUGUGCAAGCAGCUGCAGACAGUUCACCGUAUCAUAAUGACCGGUGCACCAAUUCAGAACAGGUUGUCUGAAUUGUGGUCUUUGUUUGAUUUUGUCUUCCCUGGAAAAUUAGGUGUCCUGCCAGUAUUUGAGGCAGAGUUUGCUGUGCCCAUACAGGUUGGGGGUUAUGCUAAUGCUUCUCCAUUGCAAGUCUCCACAGCUUACAGGUGUGCCGUUGUCUUGCGUGAUCUAAUUAUGCCUUACCUGCUGCGUCGUAUGAAAGCUGAUGUGAAUGCGCAGCUUCCGAAGAAGACUGAGCAUGUCCUGUUCUGUAGUCUAACUCCUGAGCAACGAUCAAUCUAUAGAGCUUUCCUUGCUAGCUCUGAGGUGGAGCAGAUUUUUGAUGGGAGUAGAAAUUCUCUGUAUGGUAUUGAUGUGAUGCGUAAGAUAUGUAACCAUCCUGAUCUCCUUGAGAGAGAGCACUCUCAAUAUAAUCCAGACUAUGGUAAUCCUGAACGCAGUGGGAAAAUGAAAGUGGUUAUUCAAAUACUCAAGACAUGGAAAGAGCAGGGUCAUCGUGUUCUUCUUUUCUCACAAACUCAGCAGAUGCUUGAUAUCCUUGAAAAUUUUCUGAUUGCUAACAAGUAUAGCUACAGGAGAAUGGAUGGUCUUACAGCAGUUAAACAGAGGAUGGCCUUGAUAGAUGAAUUUAAUAAUUCAACUGAUGUAUUUAUCUUCAUACUAACAACCAAAGUUGGCGGUUUAGGGACAAAUCUAACUGGGGCAAACAGGGUGAUAAUAUUUGACCCAGAUUGGAACCCAUCAACAGAUAUGCAGGCCAGGGAACGUGCUUGGCGUAUUGGUCAGACACGGGAUGUAACUGUUUUCAGAUUAAUCACACGUGGAACUAUAGAAGAGAAAGUUUAUCAUAGGCAGAUCUACAAACAUUUUUUGACUAAUAAGAUAUUGAAGAACCCGCAGCAGCGAAGGUUCUUUAAAGCUAGAGAUUUAAAGGAUCUUUUCACUCUAACCGAUGAAGAACAUGCUGGGUCAACUGAGACUUCAAAUAUAUUCGGUCAGUUGUCAGAGCAAGUGAAUUUGAUUGGCACUGAAAAAGAUGAUGAGCGGAAAAGUAAUAGCUCUAGAGAAGGAGCUGGAUAUGCAAAUGGUAGAGUAUUGGAUGGAGAAAGUGGUUUGCCACAAGAUAAUUCUGGAAACGAAGAGAAAGAAGGUGAUGAAGAUGGUGGAAAAGCGGAUGAAGAAACAAACUUUUUGAAGAACCUUUUCGAGGCACAAGGAAUACAUAGUGCGGUAGACCAUGAUGCAAUCAUGAAUGCCCAUGAUGAAGAAAAACUGAGACUUGAGGAGGAAGCUUCCCGAGUCGCACAGAGGGCGGCAGAAGCACUUCGUCAGUCACGAAUGCUUAGAAGCAAAGAGAGCAUAUCCGUCCCGACUUGGACAGGAAAGUCGGGGGCUGCCGGUGCACCUUCAUCUGUUCCCCGAAAAUUUGGCUCAUCAGUGAACUCUCAGUUGGUAACCAAGUCCCGAUCAGAAGACGAGGUACCGAGAAAUGGUAUAAAUGGAUUUUCAGCAGGAGCUGCUUCUGGGAAGGCAUUAUCUUCGGCUGAGUUGCUGGCCAAAAUUCGAGGGAACCAGGCUAGCGCCGUCGGUGAUGGGCUUGAACAUCAGUUUGGUUUGUCUUCGAGCUCUUCUAACAGGACAAGUUCCAAUGAUGCUGGGCCUUCUCGGCCAUCUCGGAAUCUCAGUGGCGCGCAGCCUGAAGUUAUUAUCAGGAAUAUCUGCACAUUUAUUCAAAAUAGAGGUGGGAGCACCAGUUCUACCAUUAUAGUGGAGCAUUUUAAAGAUAGAAUUCCUUCGAAAGACUUGCCUUUGUUCAAAAAUCUUUUGAAAGAAAUUGCUUUAUUAGAGAAACAUCCAAAUGGUUCGGUCUGGGUUCUAAAGCCAGAAUAUCAGACAUCACGUUCUUGAGCUGCAUCAGCUGUUGAUCUUUUUCCAAUUGACACAAGUUUUGAGCUUCAAAAUAUUUUUUUGGUUCGAGCUAUCAAUAGAGAACUACCCUGUUGCGUUUACGAUUUUGGCUAUAAGCAGGGAAGUUUAGAAUAGACUAGGAGCGUAUUCUUUGAGUCAAAGUUUUAGGGAUGUAUCCAUUGUAAAUAAGAUUGUAUAUAAGAAUAUUUCCUGAUAAAUCUCAAAAGAAAAUUUCAGUAUUAUGUCUUGUUAUUUCAUAUUGGGUGUAAGGGGAACUGUAAGCUUAAUUUUGAAGCAAAAAGGCAUGA